AUGUCACGAUCGGGCGGUCUUUUAGAAAAUUACCUUGGUCCUAUAGAUGAUAGUUUACCAGGUAGUAGAGUACAAAGCCAGUCGUCGACUGUACAGCAACGCGGGGGGAAAACGCUCGCCGAUGAACUCGCAGACAUUGACGACGAAUUCGAUAGCGAAGGAGACACUGGAGACACCGGAGACGAUGAAUAUUCUUCCGAAGAAUCAGAAACGUCUAUUCAACGUGAAGCUCGUGAAGAAGCUGACCGAGUCGUUGCGCUUCAUGAGAAAUUUUUAAAAGAUAAUGAUAUCCGUAACGAUUUUGCGGACAAAAAGGAAACAAAAAUUUCACCUCCGUCUGUACCCGUAUCGAUGGCUCAACAGGCACUGCCGGAAAAUAGACGGCCAAAUACCUCUGCAUCUCAGAUUAGCCCAACACCGUCUGCUCCGAGUUCAUCUCAUAAGAAGCCUCCGAGACCACCUCCAUUUAGUUCCAAGCCUACUUCAAUAAAGCAUACACAGGUUUCUCCACGGAGAGUUCCUUCUAAGGAGCGAAAGUCUAAUGUGAAGCCGCCUCCACUCUCUAGGGGACUUUUCGCUACCAUUUCGAGGGAAUACGGAUGGGCUUGGCUUUGGUGGAUCAUUAUUCCUCUGUUUCUCACAGCUGCGACAUUCUUUGCACGAGAACAUGGCUUGAUUCAGAAACAAGCGGCACAUGGGAAAAAUGCGAUUGUAGAGGAAACAAAUGCGAUUGCCAUCAUUGAUAUUGCUUCGGCUAUUAGCGACUUAGCCAAGGUAGUGUUGGAUACGAACGGAACGCUCAUGGCAUUAAAGGAUAGUCCCCUUAAUCAAGCCGUCUUACUUAUUGCAUCAGUCCGGGAGACAAUUUUGAAAGCAGAGCAGGAGGUAAAUUCUGAAUAUGUACUUUUGCUCAUAGAUGUUUUCGUCGCCAAGAAUCGAGACUUGGAUCAUAAUUGGCGUUCUUUCCUCCAACAACACAUCGAAGCUACAGCGGAGUUUGCGGGACAAUUUGAUGGAUAUGCUCAGAACGCUGCUAUCCAGGGCUACAAAACGGACUGGAUAAGUGCUGCGCAUAAUAUUACAAUCCAGAGUUUUUCCUAUAUUCCACAAGAAGUAUACCGUGAAGGCGAAUUUCUCAUGUGCGAGUUAGUCGGUGAGACAUCCGACAACGUCAGCUGUCCCUAUAGCGAUAGGAAUGUCCAACGUCUCUGCUCCGAACUCAUGGACGAACUCCACUCCAGCCAGACUUCGGGUGCAUAUGAGACUUUCGAGACAUACUCGGCAGCUCUCAUGAAUAUAGCCAAGGGCAUUAGGGAAACACUCAAAACUUGGAAGGAGGCGUUGGAUAAAAUCGAGGCAGCAAAAACAAUUUAUAAUCAUGAAUAUGGCAUAGGGAAUGUGGAAAAAGUGGCUCAAGAGUUGGAAAGUACCGCAGAAACUCUGAAAGAAGCAAUGGAAAGUCCUUUGGUCUACCAGAUGGCAGCUCCAGAAUUCCCGGCGGCUGUCAGAAGACUAGCAGGGUCAAAAAUUCGGACACUACCUUUACAAUAA